AUGUAUGUCUACGAACUUCCUACAACAAGCGCAGUCUCCUUCUCUGAGCUUUGUAUUGAUCAAAGCAUCGACAAAGGCUAUACCUAUUGCAUACCCGAGGCAACCCAAGCUCGUGCCAAUUUGCACGCCCUACUGAAAGAAAGCAAGCGCACCGAGCAUGGCGCUAAAGAUUUCCUGGCUUUAGUCAAGUUCAUCGAGGAGUAUUUGCCUCACCUACGAGGGAUCAUGAACUGCGUUGCUCAUGAUGAAAUUGGCUUCAGAGUCGAACCUACCUUCUGCUGGCGAUCUACUCUUUCUGCAAACUUGUUCAACAAGUCUCAGAAACUUGCUCUAUCUGGUGUCCACGCAGACUACGCCUUCACUCUACUAACCUACGCCUUUGCCCUAUCAAACCUAUCCAAUUCGACAGUUCUUUCUCUUGGUACAUAUGAACAUGAUCAUGCGAUAUCAGACACUGAACGAAAAACAAAGGAGGAGCAGUUGAAUGUUGCUGUUGGAUUCCUCUGCAAAGCUAGUGGCAUCUUCUCGUUCAUCAGUGAUUCGGUUUUGCCGGAAUGGCAAGUUCAUCGUGCUGGCGGACCACCCGUCCGGUUUAACAAACCUCCAGAGCUUAAUCGCGAGGUUGUCAUGGCGCUAGCGAGGAUGUCUUUGGCGGACGCUCAAACACUCGCUAUCCGUAAGCUGCUUUCUAAGUCUGCCUACGACAACAACGUCACACCAGGUCCUCCGCUGCCCACAUCCCACCCUUCUCCAGCACUCAUCGCAAAACUCCAUCUCGAGUGUGCGUCGCUGUAUUCCUCUGCGCGAUCCCUUGCAAAGACUCCUGGGUCUAGCAAAAGUCCUGAAGGACAAGAAGAGGUUUCUACGGAUCUUCGAAAGUACCUGGCAGACGAAGCGGCUUUUCAUGGCGCACUUUCGAGAAAGUGGUUAGGCGUCGACGCUGGCGAGAACGGCGGUCGGGCCAAAGGUGGAGAAGCGGUUGAAUUUUUACGGUGGGCCAAGAAAGACUUGGAAGAUCUCAAAGACUCAGGUAAAGGUGUUAGCCUUGGAAAGGCGGAAAAGGAAAAGAAAGGGCAAAAAAAGGAAAAGGUGUUGGACGAACUUGCCAAGGUGACCGUUUUUUAUAAGCAUUAUAAGAAAAUGAAUGAUUCUUUACACUUCCAACCUGUCCCGUCUCAGAACGACCUACAAACACGCAUACCAACAGGCCGCCUCGCAAUUGCAGCCAGACCUUUCACGCCUCCAGCCCCCUCGUUCGGACCUGGUUCUGUGGACUACAUCCGCAAACAAGCAGAGCAAAUGGAAAUCGCGCGAGAGAACGGCACCCCGGAACCUUCAGCUAGCAACUAUGCGGGUGCUGGAGACUACUUUUAA